AUGAACAAUGAAGGGGAUAUCAACUCUCUGAGUGAAACUGGUUUUAGCACAAGAUCAAGUAGUACCAAAAAGAACAAGAAAACAAAUGAACUUGUUUGGAAACAAUUUGUGUGCUUCAAAGCUAGUCAAACUGAUGAGAAUCGUUCUAAAAAAGGAGCAUUGAGUGGUGCCACGAUAAAUUCAAGAGCUCGUGGUGAUGUUAGAACUGAUUGUAAGGCAAGAGUUUCAAUUGUCAAGCAACAAACUGGACUGGAUUGGAGUGUUAGCAUCUUUGUAGAAGGUCAUAAUCAUGAACUCUCUACUCAUUCAAAGGUGCACUUGCUUCGAUCACACUGUAAUGUUUCUAUCGCGAAGAGAGUAUUGACUCAACAACUUUCAGAAGCUAAUAUACCUACAUGUCAACAAAUGCAACUAUUAGAAAUUGAGCAUGGUGGACCUGAAAGUGUAGGUUGCACAGAGAGAGAUAUUAGAAAUUUUGAGAAAGAAUUAAGAGAUGAACAAAAGGGGAUUGAUGCUGAAACUAUGAUAGAAUUCUUUACAUCUGAGAAAGAGAAGAACAAAGCAUUUUUCUUUGACUAUGAGACAGAUUCAGAAAAUAGGUUCAUCCGAUGUUUUUGGGCGGAUUCUAAAUCAAGGAUGGCCUAUAGUGUAUUUGGUGAUGUUGUUGUGUUUGAUUCCACUUAUAACACCAAUAAGUAUGCAAUGAUUUUUACACCUUUCGUUGGGGUUAAUCAUUAUCAUCAAACUAUAGUUUUUGGUCGUGGAUUUCUAAGUGACGAGAAAACUGAAUCAUAUAUUUGGUUGCUUAACAAGUUUAUUGAAGCUAUGCCGACAGGUGCACCAAAAUCAAUAAUCAUUUAUCAAGAUCCAGCAUUGACAAAAGCACUUGCUCGAGUUUUUCCGAAAACAGUGCAUGGGUAUUGCUUAUGA